AUGAACAAAAUUCGAGCCAUUCAAGAGCUCAACAGAAAAGAGAUUGAAAAUGGAAUAACUCCAGAAGCGUCAUGGCACGUCGACUACCGCGACACAGCAUUCGUCUACUUUGGCGGUCUCCCUUACGAGCUGACAGAGGGUGACGUGCUCACCAUCUUCUCCCAGUUCGGCGAACCCGUUUUCCUCAAACUAGCGCGCGACAAAGAAACCGGCAAGUCCAAGGGGUUCGGCUGGCUCCAGUACGAGGACCAGCGCAGCACAGAUCUCGCCGUCGACAACCUUGGCGGCGCCGAGAUCGGCGGCCGAAUCGUCAGCGUCGACCACGCGCGGUACAAGGCGAGGGAUGACGAGGAUCCCGCCGAGCACGACGUCAGUUGGGAGACGAUGCUGCGCAAGGAAGGGAAGCUGAAGUCUGAGGACGAGGAGAGCCAAGACGAGGCGCCCGCGCCCCAGCGGCCCAUGUUGGCUGAAGAGAAGGAGCUAGCUGCUCUGCUGAGGGACCACGACGAAGACGACCCCAUGAAGGGUUUCCUGGUGGAGGAGAAGCAGAAGGAGGUUGAGGAGGCGAGGCGCAGGAUGGACAAGAGGGAGAGGAGGCACGGACAUGGCCGCAAGCAUAGGCACAGGUCGCAUCGGCGGGGGGGGGAAGACGAGACGCCGGAUGACGGCGGCAGAGGACAUGCGAGCCGGGAAGUCAGGAGAGACAGGGACCGUGACCGGGACCGUGACCUUCAGUCUAGAAGACGCAGGGACGACGAGUCUCGGCAUGGCAGACACAGAGAGCCAGGGGAUCGGGAUGAGGACGCGUAUCAGGAGCGCAGGCGGAGAGAGGCCAGGAUUCAGGAUGAGCAUGAUCAAGACCGAAGAAGAGGGCAUGGCAGAGAGAGCGGUCGUGGUCGGCAAAGACACGGUCGUCACGGGUCUUCCGAGUCUCCCCCAAAACGAUCACGGGAUGAAGACGUCUAUCAAAGGAGGAGGAGCAGGAGCAGGAGCAGGAGCAGGAGCAGAUCGCCGCGAUGA